CUGCACACUGUGAGGACUCCAUCAACAGCCUUAACAACUCACCAAUGGUUGUUCAAGUGAAAACACGCAUUCGCUAUAGCAGCAAAAGCAUGGAGGGCAAUCAGCAGAAAGUGGAGGCCAAUAUUUUAUUACUUGGAGCUGAGAACGUUGGAAAGUCUGCUCUCACCGUGCGCUUCCUGACCAGGCGGUUUAUAGGAGAAUAUGGAGAUAUAGAGUCAAUAUACAGCCAUUCUGACAAGAUCGACGGUCGUGAUAUUUGUUUCAACAUUUGGGACUCGCUUUGCCCGCAGAAUGGAGAGGAAAUAGGAUGCGUCAGUGAAAGACAGCUGCAAUGGGCGGACGGCUAUAUCCUUGUUUACAGCAUCUGUGACCGCGCAAGCUUCAAUGUGGUGCGUCAACAAGUCCAGCGCAUACGGCAGGCCAAGCAGAAACCAGCCAGUACAGCUCCGAUUAUUAUCGUGGGGAAUAAAAGAGACCUCCAGCACCGGCGCACGGUGUCCAGUGAGGAGGGUCGGCUGCUGGCGCUCUCGGCGGACUGCGGGUUUUUUGAGGUCUCCGCUGCUGAGACGUACCACGGUGUGUUGAUGGUGUUUCACGAACUGUUUGAACUCAUCCGAGAGGCGCGGGCGCUCAAGAAGGGCACCGCGGGGUUCAAGGGUAUCGUGAGGAGCAUGUCGGCGGUUUUUGGAAGGAAGCGGACUGAAUAAGUUCAUAUUCCCCCUCUCAAAGCAGAGGAAGAUUCAGGGUUAAACCUUUUAAUAAAUCCAUAUUGGAACAAAAGACUUGAUUAGUGACCUCAACUGGAUUUUGCAAGUUGACAAUCUUAGGGGGCUGUUCAUACAGGAGGCGUCCUUGCAUUCAAUCUGCGAUCUACACAUACGUCAGACUGACCUCUUCGCCGUGGUAUCGCGCCUUGCGUCAUGAGCAUCGAAUUUUGAGAUGCCGUUUUCUGGUGAAUUCUAUUCCAUCUCAGUGCGCUUUCCAAUGUUUUUGAAUGCAUGUAAACAGACAAGUCGGUUCUUGCGUCCUAUCUGCGCUGUUUUUUAAAUUGUUGAUCUAUGUAGCAAACAUGCGUCAGACGGUCUUUUGACCAUUGCAUCACAUCUUUUUUUUUUCCAGCAUAUGUCACCAUGAGGAUUGCAUUUAUUAGGGGUUAUGUCCUGUAGAUUCACUUUGAAAUAGCCUUCUCAAGACCCCUGCAUUCUUUUCCUUUCAGUUGUGUUCAGUCUAACUGUUUUAAUGCGUCUUGUAUGAACAGACCCUUAUACUUUGAAUGUUCUAAGAAUGUUCAAAUUAGGUGAAUUCACAUAAGGACAAAACUUCGUAUCAGUGCUCACACCCAGUUUUUCAAAAUAUGUUGUAAACUGUAAAUUCAUGUAGGCUAUACUAUUAUUUCACUGUAGCUGGUGUGCAAUUGUUGGAUAGAAAAUUCCUUAUAAGCCCCAUUUGUCUAUGCAACCAUUGAGACUUAGUGAAAUUGUUGAGACUGUUCUCACUGUUUUGUGUAAUUGUUCCAUACAGGUCACAUGAAAUGCUCAAAGUUGAAAAUCUUUGUCUACAAUCAUGUAUAUUGAAGUAAUGUGAUUAGUAACUGUGUUGCAUCUCAAAAUUAGGUCCACUUUCACCCUGUUUAUCCACAACUUUGCUGAAAAUAAUGUAUUUUAAAAGUCCUGUGAUACUUCCUGUUUAUAACUGCCAAAUACAGAUUGUUUGAUAUGUUGUUAUUGCAGAGGCCUAUGAUAAAAUUGUUUUAUAAUAAAACAUGAUUAUUUG